CAACUGGAGUCCUGAUUUUGUUCCCCCAUACACGCAGGUGUUGUAAUACCAUGCCGAUUCCAUCUUUUCAUUUUCACGAAUGUUCUUCAUCAGAUCCAGAUUUCGUUUUGUAACGUCAUCUGCGAAUCGAACACUGUUCUUCAGGUUUUUCUUCUGUCUCAUUAUCUUUUGUUUCACUUCAGCAGAUGCAAAGCGCACAAUGAUGGGGUUAUCUCGAAGAUUUGGGGUUUUUGAUGGAAUCCUAUGGAUUGCUGAGAUGUCCGUGGGAUCAAGUUGCAAAUUAAGGUUUGAUCGCCGAGAACAUCACACCUUUCAAAUGUCGCCAGGGAUUCGCCAAGGUCAGUCGCUGGUGCCUUUACUUUCAUACAGAGCCCACCAGUAUAUUGAACUCCAACGAGAUGUUUUGAUCAAGGCGCACAUAUGGUUGUGUUGGAUUCAAAGGAAAAGGAAAAGGUCAUUACGACUUUCAUCGAAGCGAGAGGUUGUGGACUUCCUUGGGAAGCAUAUGACAAUCCUUCCCCCUAGAUAUGACCAUCUCAGCAUAAUGGUUGGUGGCAACACAGAUGGAGAAAACCAAAUCCUUUGUCAAAAACAGUUUCAUAAAAUCUGCAAUGCUCUGAAUAAUCAGGUUCCAUAUCUGAAACAAAAUUGCAAAUAAAAUCAGUAUUGGCCAUCAU